GUGUCGGAUCGACGAAAGAUACAACUGCUAAAAUUCAUCGAGAGGGAUGCACCCAUCUCCCUGAGCUUCCGUACCUGGGAGCUGUACGAGUACCCUCUACUCCCCACCACUUCGAAACACGUGUGGACCGUCAAGACGUCGACUCAGUUGGAGAAACCACGAUACGUAAUACUGGGUUUUCAGAAGAGCAGAAAGAAUAAGAACAAUAAGAACGCUAGUCACUUUGACCACUGCAACGUCAGAGACGUUAAGCUCCUUUUGAAUUCUCAAUGUUAUCCCUAUGGAAAUCUGAAUCUUGACAUUGAUCAUAAUCAGUUUGCCCUGCUGUACGAGAUGUAUGUAAACUUUCAAGCUACGUACUAUGGCAAGGAUCCCGAGCCUUUGCUUAAGAAGAAUGAAUUUCUCGAGUACGCUCCAUUGAUCGUUAUCGAUUGCUCCAAACAAAACGAGUCCCUCAAACUCGGACCCGUCGAUAUUCGUCUGGAAUUCGAAGCGCAAGACAAUUUCCCUACCGAUACAUCGGCAUUCUGCCUGAUCCUGCACGAUCGUAUAGUGGAAUACAACCCGAUCAGUGGUGGGGUGAAGAAAUUGGUAUAA